CAAACGACGACGACGACGAAGAGACCUUUGGCGGUUACACACGGCGUCCUACCGUCUUCUGGUGUGCCUACCUAUUCGGGCUACCAGCGAACCGAGCGACCAAACGAAGCUUCAGUCGACGCCGCGCACCCAAACGGUCCAGACCUGUCAGCCCGGAAGACACACGCGCAGCAACUCAACACUUUCACAAGCUACCGACCUACUAAGUAAUACGGAGAUCCCGACUGUUGGCAGCGUGACACUAUACGCGCACUAUACAGUUCGUUUUACAACUAACCGUAUUUCGCGAGUUUCGUUCUUUCGUUCAUCGAAAAUUUACGCUUCUACUCAAGUUCGAAAACUGUCCCUUGCGGAAGAGGACUACUGGACGUUGCUCGAGGACGAAUCCUUAUUCGCAUUCUUUCUAUCUCUAUCGGCAGCGAUACGAGGAUUCUCUCGCGACGUGGUACAAGCAGUGAUCUCACUCUCAGGAGUCAACCGUGCCCGAGACUAGCUUUGCGCGGGAGGAGAAGAGCGAAGUCGAAGAACGACAGUCAAGAAAGACAGACAAAAAGAGAAGGAGAGAGCAUACGAAAGUCUGCGAACGAGGCAGAGAAAGAGAGAGAAAAAGAGAGAGAAAGAGAGCGACGGUGAGGCAGUAAGAAAGGGGACAGAGGAAGACAGAAGACGUGGUGGGAGUGACUCCGGGCGUUAGCAAGAGAGCGAGAGAGGCUCGGGUAGAGGGAAAGGAGAGAUAGAGAGAGAGAGAGACUCGACCAAGAGAAGGAGCGGUGGGAAUUUAUAAGGAUGUUCGCGAUAAUGCCGAUGGAGACAGAGGGGCACGGCAGGGAGUUCGGCCGGCGGCAGAAGAUGCGCGCCAAGUGCACGGUAGAGUUCGUCUGCAAGUACUGCCAGCGGCGCUUCACGAAGCCCUACAACCUCAUGAUCCACGAGCGCAGCCAUAAGGACGACGUGACCUUCACCUGCGAGGUCUGCGGAAAGACCUUCAAGCGGCAGGACAACCUCAAGCAACACAGAUGUGGGUGGCGGUGAGCGGGAGCUCUGAACCUCCUGCACCUUGACACACGCACAACACACACACGCAUACAAAAUGGGCAUACCAUUAAUAAUACAAACUGCAACAAUAAUGGCAAUUGCAACAAUAACACUAGACGACAGAGUAUGACAAUAAUUGCAACACUACAAACUACAACCAUGCACUUUUUUAUUUGAUUACCCGCACUUUUUCCCGGUCGUGGCGAAAGCGCGAUCAACAACUAUGUCACUACCGCCACCACAGAAAACCCCAGCAUGUGUAUACUACUUUUUCUUCUUCUCUUCAUCUUCCUCUACUUCUUCUCCUCUGUCUGCCUCUUUCGCUAUUUCGUCUUCUCACUGUGUCUGCGACUUUUACUACCCUCUACGACUUCUUCAUCGUCGGCUAUUUCUUGUACUAACACGGCGCGCACGGGUCCCAACGCUUUAACGAGGCGGCAGGAAUGAUUGAUAGAUAGAAAGGAAAUUUAAAGGAUGUGAGUGGGAAGGAAGCGAGGGGUUUUCCCUGGAAAUGUACUUUCCUCAUCUUCCGAUUUCGACCAUCUUUGUUCCAGGAGCAUACACUCUGUUCCCUACAAGGGCUCCAACGGCUACUCAAAUGGCUAUUCGAAUGGCUACUCUAGGUAUUAGAAGCCAU